AUGGGUGGAAAAGUGACAUCGGGCCGCGAUCUGAAGAUGAACAGACGCGCGUAUGCACCCGCCGAUGUCACGCCCAGCGGGCCGCUUGGCGGCGAGCGAGAGAGCCAAGCGCGGAUGGAAAAAAUGAUGCUCGAUGCAUCACCGGCCGAACGCUCCGGAUGCCUGUGGGAGGCCGCUAGCCAGCCAGCCCUGAAUCAGGCGGUAAAGCGAACUGCAUGCACCGGAUGGAUCCAGUGGAGCACGCCCGAGCUGGAUGCAUGCAACCCUGGCCAGCUGUUGGAUGGAUUCGUUUUCCUCUCUCGCUAUCCUAUCCACGCCCACGCCAUCUCGACGUCGACGAGCUUCACCUCCGCUCAGUCCUGGCGACAUACAUCCGCUCGCGUAGCUGCAUCCCAGCCAGCCAUCCAGCCCGAAACGACUCAUUUCGCGCUGCUCACGUUCGGCUACUGCAUCCACGAGCUCUUGCCUCUUCCACCCGCAUCCCAUCUCCCAGCAACGUCCGCUUCGACAUUCUAG